AGUUCAGAGAACGUCGGAGGUUCGAACUGUCCGGUCGUUGAAUAGUGAAUUUUUACUGCCACAAGGAAAAUUGAAUAAUGAUUUUUCGGACACUUUUGUUAGGAAUUGUUACAAGUUGUUUUCAAACGAAAGCGACUAAACUCGAACAACUGGAUCUUCGGUAGUGCGGAUUUUAAGUGAUUUGCGGUGAAAGAGUUCCUUUAGGAUUGAUUUAGGAGUUAGAAGUUUUCCUCUGUGAUAAUUAUAUAUUUCUGGAUAGUGAUAAUUGUAGUAGACAAUUUUUUUUUUGCCAAUAAGCUGGAUAUUUUACAGAAGACUGAUUUCCCGGGUUGGGCAUGGAUGCCGCGAGACAUGCGCAGCUGUAGCCAAAACGCAGUAUGUCCCAAGUGCAAGUACGAAUUCGCUUGUUGCCGCCGGUCGCUGGUGCUCAGCGGCGGCGGUCUCGUCGACAAUCCGGCGCCCGGCGUCAAUCCGGCACCACCGCCCUCUCUGCCGAGUCCCGGACCUGCGUCGGCGCAAAUCAAUUUGGUUUCACCGAGCACUCCGCUCUCUUUCGGUUUCCCGCUGCCCUUGCAAUCGCUGCCACCGCCUCAGGCGACCAAUCAGGACGCCGAAUUCCAACAGUUAAGAGAUACCGUUCAGGCUCUUCGCCAAUCAGGCUGGUUCUACGAAGGCAUCAGCUUCGACGAGUCUCACGAAAUGCUUAAAGAUACCGAGGUCGGUACCUUCUUAAUAAGAAAUUCCAGCAACCCGAAGUUCCUUUUUUCACUAAGUGUUCAAACGGACCGAGGCCCCACUUCGGUGAGGCUCCACUACACGAAUGGUUAUUUUAAGUUAGACGCGCAGACGCACUUGCAAGGCGUGAUGCCGGCAUUUCCUAACGUCAUAGAUCUUAUCCAGCAUUAUACGCACGAGUGCGAACAACUUAGGAAAAAACCAAACAUCCAACAAGUGUGGGUGGACAAUCAAGGCAAAUGGUACUCGCCGAUAAUGAUCCGGACGCCAUUAAAGAAAAAAUCGGAAAUGUCCAGCCUGAAACAUCUAGCACGAUUAGCGGUCCAUAAAGCCAUACAAUUGUCCGGCAAGCCUCGGAUACCACUCCUACCCCCUCCGUAUAAACAACUAGAAUUACCUAACUCUCUUAUAUCAUAUUUGGGCGAUUAUCCCCAUUCCAUAUGAUCGAUUUGACUUAGAUAAUAACCAAAGACUGUUAGUAGUACAUCGGUACCUUAUACAUACCGAGGGGAUGAAAAUAUAAUGAACCACAAUAGUAUUUGUAAAAAAAUUUAGUACCGAGAAUAAUAAUAAUUGUGCUCUCUUAUUGGUACUAUAUCGCCUUCUAAGGGCCUUUAUGGAUAAAAUCCUUAAGGGCCUUUGUUUUAUUGUUAGCUAGAAUAACAAAUUUAUGUAUUCUCUGCCUGUUAAUCUGAUGCACUUUUAGAAUCUCCUUAGAAGAAAGUAUAUGGGCCAUAUUGGCCUUUGGGGCCAAACUAAAUAUAAAGUUGGCCAUUCUAGAUAUUGUUUUUCUAGUCGUGUAAAGGCAACAAUCUGAUUAACAAACAGAUAAAUACAUCGAUGUAAUUAUUUUUCAUUUUUUGUGGAAAAAUACUGAUGGUAAAGAAUUCCUUUUAAUUUUUUUAAAAAUAUUUCCUUUGGCGCCCGAGCAGGGACAAUUUGGUGCCCGAGCAGGGACCGAGGAAAACCAAAUAGUUUUUCUCAUUCAUCUAUUUUAUUAUUUAUUUAUGAGUGUAACAAUUUUGUAAUCGUUUCUGUUUUUUUCUUAAGUAAAUGUAUUAUUUAUAUUCGCCUAUAAGGAAGGAUGUUGACUUAAUUUAAAUCUGAGAGAGUGUUUUAGGAUAAUGUAUUUAUUUCUUUAGAACAAUAUUAAAUUAUUUAUUAUUUUAAUUAUUUA